GGCAGCACAUGUAACUUCAUUUUUGUUUUGACGUUAAUAUGUUAAAAGUGAAAAGUGUGAAUAUGGGGUUUAGUUAAGAUUGAAUUAUUCCAUUUCACAAAUUUCUUCAGGCGCUUUUAUUGCAUUCAAAAGGUGCUUAAUAAUGAUCCAAACAAAUAAGUAAUUUGAAUAGGUGUCAUAUAUCUAAUAAUUAUAACCUAUCAAAUUUACUCCCAGAAAUAAUGAGUGGGCCUAAAAAAAACCCAGGGCCUGUACCACCCAGGUGGUUACAUUGCCCAAGGAAAUCGGAAACUUUGAUAAUGGGAAAAUUCAUGGCGAUGAAAACUCCUUUGAGCUCUUCCUUCGACGAAAUUGUUCCACCUGAAUGCAGAUUUCCACCGAAGAUGUUAUUCAGCAGUUGUAAAUCUAAAAAGAUCAAAAUUGGUUUAUGGAUCGACUUAACUAACACUACUAGAUUCUAUGACAAGAAUGAAAUUAAAAAUUAUGACUGUAAAUAUGUGAAACUCUCUUGCAAGGGACAUGGUGAAACACCAUCCCUUCAACAAACUGAAGCAUUUAUUGGACUGGUUCACAAUUUUAUCUCACAAUUUCCCCUUGAGAGCAUUGCAGUUCAUUGUACACAUGGCUUCAAUCGAACUGGGUUUCUUAUAGUUUCAUAUAUGGUUACAAAAAUGGAUUGCGAUCUAGGAAUUGCAUUAGAUAUGUUUGCUAAAGCUAGACCAGUUGGCAUCUACAAAAAAGACUACAUAGAUGAAUUGUAUAGACGCUAUGAUGAUUUUGACGAGGCUCCUCCAUCACCUUCAAUUCCUGAUUGGUGUCUAGAAAGUGAUGAUACACCAGACAGUUACAGUCUGGAUGAUUUUGAUGAUGGUGUUCCAGAAAUGGCUUCCACAUCUUCAAACAAUAUUCGAAAACAUAAAAAGAAUAGGAAUAAAGACAUACCCAAAUUUAUGGAAGGGGUACCAGGUGUACAUCUUUUUCAAGAACAGCCAAAAGCCUAUGAACUUCAAAAAAAGGUACAAGUAAUGUGUGAAUGGAAGAAAAAGGCAUUUCCCGGCUGCCAACCUGUCUCCAUGGAUGUAAAUAAUAUUUCAUUAUUGCACCAGAAGCCAUACAGGGUGUCGUGGAAAGCUGAUGGUAUGAGAUAUAUGAUGUUGAUUGACGGAGAAGAUGAAAUCUACUUUUUCGAUAGAGACCACAAUGUUUUUAGGGUUGAUGGUUUGAGAUUUGUACAUAGAAAAGACGUAAGAAGACAUUUGAAAGAUACCCUUUUGGAUGGUGAAAUGGUUAUCGACAAGGUUGAUGGCAGAAACAUACCGAGAUUCCUUGCUUAUGAUAUAAUUAUAUUUGAGGGUCAAAAAGUAGGGAAGAUGGCUUUCUAUCCUGUGCGACUGGACUGUAUAGAAAAAGAAAUAAUCAGGCCGAGGCAUUUUGCAAUGGAAAAUGGUAUUAUUAACAAAACCCUAGAACCGUUCAGUGUUAGGAAAAAAGAUUUUUGGGAAGUAACACAAGCAGCAAGCUUGUUAGGAGAGAAAUUUGCCAAAACGUUAUCACACGAACCUGAUGGUCUUAUCUUCCAGCCUUCCAAAGAGCCUUAUAUACCAGGCCGGUGUGACGAUGUCCUCAAAUGGAAACCAUUAGACAUGAAUUCAGUUGAUUUUAGACUGAAAAUCGUGAAGGAAGAAGGCGAGGGAAUUAUUUCUAAGAAAGUCUGCCACCUCUUUGUUGGACAGUUAUCUCAACCAUUCGACAAAAUGAAAUAUUCAAAAUCUUUGAAGGAUCUCGAUAAUAAAAUUAUAGAAUGCAAGUAUGAAAACUGUGAAUGGAAAUUCAUGAGGGAAAGAACUGACAAAUCAUUCCCUAACAGUUAUGAAACUGCAUUGGCUGUUUGUGGGAGCAUCAAGCAUCCUGUGACUAAGGAAAAGCUUCUAGAUUACAUAGAUAAGUACAGGUUUCAUGAUGAUUCUGAAAUAAUGCCACCACCCUCCAAAAAAAUCAAAAGAUGAUCGAAUCUUAGGAUAAUUCUUUAUUGAUUAUUCUUUCAUUAUUUAUUCAAUGUUAUUUUUAUAUGAAACAAUGAUAUAUAUAUAUUAUUCAGUUCCUGUACAGCCAGAAAGGAAGCCACUAAAAACAUUGAUUGUCAGUAUAGAAUUUUUUUCUGGCUGUGCUAAUGUUUAUGAUGGUGAUUUGAUUCUUUGAUUAAAAAGAUGAAGUAUA